UUGUUUUUCUUGGCCCAUCGAGGCAAUCCAUAUCAACUAGUGUAAUUCCGUGAGUGUGUGUGCGUGUUGCUAUGUAUGGGAAUGUGUGUACGCGCGCGUUUGUGAAUGGCAAUAGGGAGGAAGCAAGCAAAACAAUGAGAAUGCCCACAAACAAUCACGCUGGAAAGAAGAAGGUCGUCGUAGAGAGCAGAGAUUCGGUACAUGUGGAUUUAUCCGAUGAAUAAAAUUAAAACUCGCGGCCGUUGUGAUGCAAGUGUAAAAAGAUUUGCUAAUGUUCUUAUUGUGAAAGUGGUUGUGUAGUUAGAGGCAAGCGCACUGAAUAAUAUUGCCCCUGCGAGUGAGCAAGUACGGUGAGCACAAGUGAGUGAGAAAUGUGCUGCUUCGAUCCGCUGUAUCAGCGCAUACUGCGAUAGACGUGUGCAACGCAUCACCAAAAAGGUAAACAAACAAAGUGUCAAAAGUGCGAUAAGCGAUAAUAGAGCAACGAAGGUUUUAAACGGGGGGCCCAGAAACUAAGCGGAUAAACUAGAGCGGAAGAAAGGGGGCUCGUAGUCCACACACACGCACACAGCCACGAUGCCCGAUCACGAUAUCGAGAUGAUAACGAGCGAGCAGCUGCAUGCUGCACUGCGCAAGUCGCAGAAACACUUCAUCAUACUGGACUGCCGCAGCUCGCAUGAGUACACGGAGAGCCACAUCCGGACGGCGGUCAACUUCUCCAUACCGUCGAUCAUGUUGCGCCGGUUCGCGGCCGGCAAGAUCGACAUAACGUCCACGAUCAAGUGCCGCGAUCUAAAGGAGCGCAUCCUGUCCUGCUACAAGGAGAGCACCUUCGUACUGUACAACAACAGCAACGAGUCGGUGGGCGACGGCGGUGGUGCGGGUGUCGGUGGUGGUUGCCGCGAAGAUCUCGUGCUGCUGACCGGCGGUACGGGCCCAACAGCAACGGCCGGUGGUAACAACGAUACCACGAUUAAUGUGUUGCACCGCAAGCUCAAACAAGAUGGCUGCCGGGUGGUCUGUCUCGAAGGUGGUUAUGCAAACUUUCGUCAGUCAUUUCCGGAGUGGUGCGAGGAUGAAGUCAUCAACGCAAAGCUGCAGACGGCCUGUGCCGCAACGGAGCAACUGAUGGGAUUAAGAUCCCUCCGCAUUUCGAUCCCAUUCUCGGACUCGGCGUGCAGCAGCAGCACCGAAUCGUCCGACUGUGAAAGCAGCACCAACUACCUGUCCGAGUCGGCCGUAAGCGUCGAACCGGUCGAAAUACUGCCUGGACUGUUCCUCGGCAAUUCAUCGCACAGCGAGGACCUGAAGUCGCUGAAAAAGUACAACAUUAAAUACAUUCUGAACGUGACACCGGACUUGCCGAAUGUGUUCGAACGGGAUGGCCAGAUACGCUAUUUGCAGAUACCGAUCACCGAUCAUUGGUCGCAGGCAGGAGACCUAGCGAACCAUUUCCCGGACGCUAUCAAGUUCAUCGACGAAGCCCGUUCGAAUGGGUGCGGCGUGCUGGUCCACUGUCUGGCCGGUGUGUCCCGGUCGGUGACGGUUACGCUCGCCUACCUUAUGUUCGCCCGGACCCUCUCGCUGAACGAUGCCUUCCUGCUGGUCCGUUCACGCAAACCGGACGUUUCGCCCAACUUCCAUUUCAUGCAGCAGCUGCACAGCUUCGAGCAGCAGCUCAACAUCGAUCCGACGCAGUCGGCAUCCGCCAAACAGGCCCUCUACUCGGCCUCCUCUUCCUCCGCUGCCUCGUCCUGUUCAUCGUCUUCCGUGGGUGCUGGUGGAGUUGGUGGUGGAACGUCUGCAGGCGACCACGCGGGUAGUGGCGGUGGCCAACAUUCCGUGUCUACCACUCCGUUCAGUGCCAGCUCGGUAGGAUCGUCCGGUUCGGGAUCGGCCGGUAUAGAGCCACCGUCGCGUCACCAUCACCACCAUCAUCAUCAGCAUCCUGCUCAGCAUCCGCAGCACUCACUGCAGUCGAAGCACUCGCUGCAUCAGGUCCAUUCGCGGCACGCCGUCAAGUACAACUGUGCGUGUGUGGAGGUCGAGUGCAAGUGUACCCAGGCGGCAAUAGAUCUGCUCGGACCGUUCACUACCGGCAUUUCGCCCGACUCCGGUAUCGAGUUUGACCGGUGGACGCCGAGCAGUAAUACGCCGAAAUGAGAUACGGCCGGCGAGGGUGGGCGGUUCCAACUGCCGGACCACUUCCUCCCCGGCCAUGACGAUCAUGCUGCUGCUGCUGCUGCUGCUGCUGCCGCCCCUGAGGACAACAGCUCCGAUGCCGCCGGUUAGGCGUGCAGACAGAAGAACGGCUUGUUUGUGGAAAGUUUUAAAGCGAAGAAUUUUUGAUCUGCAGAAAAGAGAAGGGUUGUUUUUUCGGUUUGUCUCAGCGUUGUUUGCGUUGUAGCAAGAAAAGCAGAUGUGAACCCUCAAUACGCACAUACACACGGACGUACGAAUUCCUGUUCUUUCUGUGCGAUCCUUUGCUGAGACUCCAGGAUACAGAUAGACAUGCUGCAAUCGAAGCAGACUUUGAUACCCUUGGAACCGCAGAACCACAGAAGACGCUGAACUGUCACUUUGAGAGCGCACACUUUGAUUGGAAAAUGGCUUGAGUCACUACUACUGCUACUACUACUACUACUACUACUACCACCACUACUAUUGCUGCGGCAUGUUUGUUUGUGAGGGAGAAGGAUUGAAUCUGGAAAUUUAAAAGGAAAAUCCGUCGUCACGUUGUGUAUUGCAUGUCUGCAGACGAAAAACACACACACACAGAGAAGUUCACUUGAUGAUGCACAAUGGCAACAUUUGCGGUCAUAAUUAGCGUGUAUAAUUAGGAAUGCUUUUAGGGAAUGGAACACACACACACACAUACCCUUGGAAACGAAAAUUAGAGACGAGCUAACCGCGCUCUGCUGCAUCGUACACACGUACAUAUAUAUAUAUUAAAAAGCAAAUGGUACAUAUACAUGUAAUAUUAUAUAGAUACAUAUAUUUAUGUUAUAACAUGUCGUUAUAUUAAGUAGCUAUCAGCAGAACAUGAUUAUUUCCCUCACUCACACUGCGACUUUAACGCCUGCGUGUAUGUAUGUGUGUGUGUAUGCGUGUAUUUCAGGAGCUCCCUGGGCGCCUGUAUGUUUAGGUGUUGUUGUUUACGGGCCUCCGUUCGGACACCGUUUUGUUCGACGAAGCGCCCCUUUCCUUCAAUUCCAUCCGCCCCCCCCCCCCUCCUCCCCCCUCACCUUCAUCCUUCACUUCCCCCGUCAAUGUUAAACGUUUUAUGACAUUUUAAUAGCGCGGCACUGUGUAAAUUUUGCAUUUCAUUACUUACUUGCAAAGGGAGGACAAAAAAAGGGGCCGGCAGAGGCACACAAGCUAAAGGAAGAAUUGAUUGAAUGUAAGGAAGAGAGUGAAGUGAGCGGAAGUAAUUAACUGUUGUCACUGUUUGUUGGAUGGAUUUUUAUUGAGAUUAGGAUUUGCCGGCUAAGGAGAUGGAUUUGCAGAGACGCGGCGAGAUAGUUUAGGCUAGAGGUUUAGAUCAAGACACAAGCAAGGAAUUGCAUCUUUUCCGAUUGGGGAAAAUGAUUUUAAAGAAGACUAUGAAACCGACAAGCGGUUAAAAAAUAGAAAUCGCACAACUUUCAACGCACGAACUGUGAGCGCCGCAGCCGCCGGACAAUGCAUUCCGAAUGUUUCCAUUUUUGUUUUGGUCUCUUUAACAUCCCCUUUCCCUAUUAAAGCCUUAUUAACAACCUUGCUAUGUAACGACUCCCCCCGUGAAUUGUCCCAAAGAUUUUCUAACUGCUGCUACUGUCCUUAUCUUUGCUUUUUGAAAUUACAAAAUUAGUCGCUUCUACUUGGGGGGUUGGGGAAAAAAGGGAAGAGGAAAGAGUGCUUUACAAAUUAUUUCGAAACAAUAAAACAAAAAACCCACUUAAAAAUUUUGCAUAAAAACAAAACAAAAAGGAACUGAACCCCGAAAGCUGUGGACGACCGAGUUUGAGACGAAUUUUUCAAUCAUUGUUCAACUCUAGUGUGCGUGUUUGUUGUGUCAUCGUGUACGGAAAACAAUUUGAAGGGAAAACGUGAGGAGAAGGCUCUUGAGUUCGUUAGGUGAGAAGCGCAGCCGCAAGCCAAACUUAGUAACCGUUUUAUCAUGUUUGUCAUGAAACAAAUUCAAUUUAAAAAAAGCAAACGAAGAAAACCCGAAACACAACAGACGCACUCAGCAAAACCUUAGUCCCAUUGUUUCCUCCUCCUCCUCCUCCUCUUCCUCCCUCCCAUCUUUGCGAGAGAAAAAGUGUGACAAACAAAAAAUUAGUAAACAAAACAAGAAAACAACGACUGUGAAAAUUGUGAAAACCGACCCCCGUCACGGUUCAAACGCCGUUGCGUUGCGCGUGUCUUUCGCGGCGCAUACAGUGUGAGAACUGCAUGCAUGGAAACCUCUUACAAAACACAUACAAACCUUACAAAUUUAGAAAAAAGUGCAUUUGUGCCACCACCACCACCAGUGUAUAAUCGCUCUUACCAAUCCCGCUACUACCAAAAGAAUCGCGACGAUAAACCGUCGAUUUCCAACGGGUAGGCGAGUGUGGUAGGAAAUUUACAAACGGAGAAGAAGUGUAACAUUAAUACUAUUUACGUCGCAGCAUAGCCAAACGAUGCAAGGAAAGAGAGAGAAAAAAAGCAAAAUGGAUGAUGAGCAAACACCCAUGGUUAAAAGGACGUAGUAACGAGAAGAAGCAAGCGCAAGAACAAACAAAAAGCCAAACAAAAGAAAAUAAUAAUAAUAAUAAUACUAUUAAUAAUAAAAAUAAUAACACAACUCUUAAAAAA